GUGGGUUUAUGUGGUACUGCUAUAAAUAGUGGUUGUGUAGAAAAAAGCGAACACCGCUUACAUUCCCCUUUUUUUCUCAUCUGAGUUCAAACUUUCAAUCUCCGAAGCUGUUAUAUGGCAGCGGUCAGUUCGAAGGGGCGAGCGAUCAGCGGAAGCUUCGGGAAGAGACUCAUUAACCAGAUAUCAACCACGAAGCAUUGCGAUACUGGCCUGCUCCUGAUCUCGAGGCGAGCAUCGCACUCGAGUUCCGAUUAUGAUAAGGACGUCGAGGAGAACGCGAGCCCGGUCAUUGUGCCGGACCAUGUGAUUGGAACCCGACCGGAGAAGUACUGGGGCCCAGAUCCCACCACCGGCGUCUUCGGCCCCGACGAUCCGAAAGACGGUGAGGUCGCCUCAGUCUCAGGCCGCCCCAAGCCGCCGGAAUCCGGGAAUCGAGGCUCGUCGGCGCUGGACGAGACUGUCCGGUUCCGGCAACUGGAGCUUGAGGACCGCGAGCCGGAGGACCAAAAGUGAGCUCGGUACUGCUCCUGGUCCGCUCUCUUUUGAAUAUAAAUAAUAAAUAAAUAAACAACAGGACGUGAUGUGUAUGUACAAAAUAAGUACUACGUGUCUACCUGCCCAAAAUAAAUAGUACUACGUGUCCGUAUCGUGGUGUGAUUGGUAGUUGAUCCUUGGAUUGCCACCGUCCGUUUCGCGGCACUUGCCGCAUAGACCUAAAACCUAUGAUAUCUGCCGCGUGUUCUUUGUUUUUUUUAGGAAUUCUUUAUCUUUGUUUGUUCUUUGUUUUUUUAAAGAAUUCCUUAUCUUCGUA